AAUGCACCACGUACUAGAGCUCUGCCAUAGAGGAUGAAAGCUGAGAAAUUCUUCUGAGGGUAUCAGCCUGUACUCCGCGUUUGAUUCAUCUACGACGAAAUUCAUGAACUUCAUAACGGCUUGAAGCAGCGGGAGAGUCAGAAUGGGUCUUUUGCACCUUUUGGAAGGUGCGCUGGAGGAUCCAGGAGCGCACGAGCACGGAUUUUCGCACGAAGACCAUCAUUUUGGUACUUGUUCUUGUGUGAAUGCAAUUUUUUGUCGGGCGUAAACAUUUGUAUUUGGGGAGAACGCACGCACCACUACCACUCAUUGCACCACUGACUUGAUUGUCGUUGUCUCAUGGGUUCAAGGAUUUCACAAAAAACCGCUUUUAGGUGACCAUGACGAAAACCCGAGUAGCGAGCACCAUCUUUUCGACCACCUUUCGCAGCACCACCCGUCGAGAGCGUCGUCGCACCAUCACCACCCCGCGGUCCUGACCGCCUUCAAGGACUUCCAAAUCGGGAACUACAAACUCACCCCCCUGGCCGCUUUGGACACCAAUGACGGCAAGAUGGAGUGCCACACGGAAGUAAUCGAGGUCGAGUCGCUGCCGCCGCAGCUGGCGGCGGGCACGGGAAUUGAUAAUUCCGCAGCGCACGACGUCGAGCAUUACAAUAGCGAUCUGUCUUUCACCACGGACGAUGUGCGGUCGGGCAACGAGUUUCUGCAACUGACCCCGGAAGAGUUGCACACCGCGCACGUGCAGCAAACCAAAGUCGCGCAAACCAUCGCGGGCACCACGCUGGCUGGCGCGUUUGCGCUUUUCAGUGGGUUCGUGUACAAGUUGUCCAACCGGAACAAAAAGAUGGCGGAGCAGUACGAGAAAAUGAUGAAGAAAAAACUGAAUAACUCGCAGAACGCAGAAUUGCUGCGGGCGAUGGAAGUAGAACACGCGGCUGGUGACGAAACGGCGAGCGGCGUGAAGACGACGAACCAGCCACCGGAAAAGUCCACCUCGAGCAGCAACUCAGCCACUGCGCAGCCCACGGUGCUGUUUUGAUGAAACCCGUGGAAUUGUUAUGACCGGUGUCGUGGGAGAAUUUCAGUUAUUAUCCGAAAAAAAUUUUGUGUACAAGUCAAAAAUACGUUCUUAUUCUUUUCGCUCUGAGUCUGAGCUACCAACGGCAGCGUAGCUACUCACUUUUCUGGCAGUAGAAACGAAGUUGUGCAAUUUUUACCGAGUAACUACAAUAGAUGAAAACAGUUCUUGUCUUAAAGACACAGUUUUGUUGAUGAUGUUGACCCCUGAGCUUGUUAAUCUCUGGAAUUUACGAAAUUUCAAUCGUCCCCUCCGUUGGUACAGCCGCGGCAACAGGUGGUACGAAUAGGAUGGAUCGAUAUCUCGUCAACGUUUCUUGGAGGUUUCUGCCGCGUGACAGCAGAAAGCUGACGCGCUCUUACCUGUUGCCGGGACCUCGUAUUUAAGUGAGUGGUUGUUUGUUUUGAAUAGAUGCAUUAACUUUUGCACUCGCUUGGAGGUCGAGGUGGAGUCAAAACAAUUUGAGUUGGAAACAAAGG